UUGAAGUUAAAACCGAAUCGUCCACUUCAAGCAAUCUACUUUUCAUUUAGAUCAACAGACUCCGAGGCCUCGGAUUCCUCGGUCAGUAGCGGUCAAACGUGCCAAAUAAAGCGAAUCGCCUCCUUUAAUCGGCCUCAACGAUUUUUUACUCUCUCUUUACCACGAACAUCGGAAAAAACGAUUCUAUUGCAUGUUCCCUCCACGGAGGCUGUUACGCCCACUAAUCAACCCAGACGACCUGUGAAUUGCUCUCCCGACAUCCCUACUAUCUUCCUCCAGCCACCUGACCCCGAUGAGGGACCAAAAACACCCACUUUGCCCUACAACGAUGCAACCGAGAUCACCAUGGCCAAAGAACUUUCCACUAAGGAGGAAGUCGUAAAGUCACACGAAGAACAGCCACCGUUAACGAUUAAAAGCACUAAUGAGGAAAAAAAAGUGGAGAGGAGAGGCUCUUCGAAUGUAAAGGGGGGAGAGAGUAGUGAUAAAGACGUAGAGAAGAAUAAAGGAAAUGAGGAAAUAGGAGAUAAAAAUAACGAGUGUCGCAGCGGAGACCAAAACGAAAAUAUUUCAUCAAAGGUGGAGGAAGAGGAGGCGGAGGGGAGGACUUACUUAUCGCCGAUGGGAGAGAAUUACAUACCUGACUCAACCUCACAGGAAAGCCUCCUCAAUGUGGCCUCGCCAUUUGGUGAUGCGGCAAAGGUGUCAUUUUUCACCAACCUCGAUUCCAACCGAUUACGUCUGGGCGUGCUUGACUUGAAAGUAUCGAACUCCAUGACUUCAAUCACAAUCCCACUUGCUGGCUGUGCGCCGACGGCAUCCCAACGUGAGCAGUAA